AUGCCUUAUCGGCUAGAAUUAUUCAGUAAAAAAAAUGAUCGUACAGCCCGAAUCGACGAAGAGCCUGAGGCUUCGCAGAUACCCGCCGAGAACCAACGGCAAAUCCGCCAACUCGCCCGACGUUUUACACAAGACUCCGUCCACGAUUGGCCUCACGGCGCCUCCAUCAACCCGUUCACCGAUGCGCAGGAUACCUGCCUGGAUCCCAACUCCCCCAAGUUCAGCGCCAAGCGCUGGGUGCAAGCCCUCAUUGAGUUAACCUCCCAGGACCCGGAGCGGUUCCCCAAGCGCACAGCAGGCGUGUCGUACCGUCACCUCAAUGUGAGCGGAUAUGGAAGUGGCUCGGCAUAUCAAUCGACCGUGGCGAAUGUGGUCUGGCAAGGCCUCGGGGAUCUUCUGGCGGGGUGGAUCCCGAGGAAACGAGACGAGGUCAAGAUCUUGCGGGACCACGACGGCAUCGUGCGCAGCGGCGAGAUGCUCCUGGUCUUAGGCAAACCCGGCAGUGGUGUAUCGACCCUAUUGAAAACAAUUGCAGGCCACACCAAGGGUCUCUCGGUGGCGGAUGCUGCGGAACUCAGCUAUGAUGGCAUCCCGUGGAGCACAAUGCAUCGCAAAUUCCGCGGCGACGUGAUCUACCAAGCUGAGACGGACGUCCACUUUCCGCAUCUCACCGUCGGACAAACGCUGCUGUACGCAGCCCUAGCCAAGACCCCGCGGAAUCGGCUCCCAGGGGUCUCGAGAGAGUGUUAUGCAACCCAUUUACGGGAUGUAGUCAUGGCAGUGUUUGGGAUAUCCCACACCGUCAACACGAAAGUCGGCGACGACUUCAUCCGCGGGGUGAGUGGGGGGGAGCGAAAGAGAGUGAGCAUUGCGGAGACCUGCUUGACCCAAGGUUGUAUCCAAUGCUGGGAUAAUAGCUCGCGCGGACUCGACAGCGCCACCGCGCUGCAGUUCAUCCAAACGGUCAAGCUGGGGGUCAAGAUGACGGGGACGGCCGCCGUGGUCGCGCUGUAUCAAGCCUCACAACAGGCCUAUGAUUGCUUCGACAAAGUGACAGUGCUCUACGAGGGGCGACAGAUCUACUUUGGGCCUGCCGAUCAGGCGAAACAAUAUUUCCUCGACAUGGGCUAUAUCUGCCCGGAUCGACAGACCACAGGAGACUUCUUGACCUCCUUGACCAACCCCGUGGAACGAGUAGUUCGCCCUGGCUUCGAAACCCGAGUGCCGCGCACCCCCGACGAAUUCGCCCGCGCAUGGCAACAAAGUCCACUACGAAAUGACCUUUGCAAGGAGAUCGAUCAAGCCAAUCAACAACACAAGGAAAGCCCCGCGACGGAAAAGUUUGAAGCCUCCAAGGAUGCGGAGAGAUCACGAUUCAUGACCCCCAACUCGCCCUAUACGGUAUCCAUUCUGCGACAGAUACUCUUGUGCAUCCGACGAGGCUAUCGCAGAAUCCUCGGGGAUCCCACAUUCUUCUUCGCCACCGUGCUUGGGAAUUUCUUUCUCUCCCUCGUCCUUGGUAGUGUGUUCUACCACCUGGAAGACACCACCGCGAGCUUUGUCGAUCGAUGCGUUCUGCUAUUCUUCGCCGUCCUCUUCAACGCGCUGAGUAGCGCUCUUGAGAUUCUGGCGCUCUACGCGCAGCGACCGAUUGUAGAGAAACACGCCGCCUACGCCUUCUACCACCCGAUGUCCGAAGCCGUCGCCUCCAUGAUCUGCGACCUGCCCUGCAAGAUCCUGUCCACGAUAGGCUUCAAUAUCCCGCUGUACUACAUGUCGAACCUGCGACGCGAGUCGGACCACGUCGUCAUCUACCUCCUCUUCGCUUUCAUGACGACGUUGACCAUGUCGAUGAUUUUCCGCACCAUCGCCCAGAGCACGCGGACCAUUCCCCAAGCCCUGACGCCGAUCGCCUUGAUGGUCAUCGCGCUCGUGAUCUACACGGGGUUUGUCCUGCCGAUCCGCAACAUGCAGGGGUGGCUGCGGUGGAUCAACUACAUCAACCCGAUCGCCUACUCCUACGAGACCCUGGUCGCCAAUGAGUUCCACCAUCGCUCCUUCGAGUGUGCCAGCUUCGUUCCCUCGGGUCCCACGUAUGAAACCAUCUCCAGCGAGGACCGGACUUGUGCCGUGGCAGGGGCCUCUACCGGCUCGAGCCUGGUCAGUGGCGAUGCGUACAUCGCCGCCAACUACAGCUACUACUACUCUCACACCUGGAGAAACUUCGGCAUCCUGGUGGCGUUUAUCCUGUUUUUCAUGACCAUGUACCUGCUGAUUGCUGAGUUCGUGAUGUUUGACCAGUCCAAAGGCGAGGUACUGGUGUUCCAGCGCAGUAAAUCUGGUGUCAUCAGCGCCAACGAGAACGCCCCGCAGGACGAGGAAUCCGGCGAGAAAGAUGCGAGGGCCCUGGCAGAACACCAGGCCGCCAGUGAUGGCGACAUCAAUCUCCAGCUGGAAUCCAAUACCUUACACUGGAAGGAUGUGUGCUACGACGUACCGAUCAAAGGGGAGAUGCGCCGUAUCUCCGAUCACAUCGACGGCUGGGUGACGCCGGGCACCCUCACUGCCUUGAUGGGAGCGUCAGGCGCCGGCAAAACCACGCUGCUGGAUCUUCUCGCGAGCAGAGUCAAGACCGGGGUCGUGUCCGGAGAGGUCUUCGUCAAUGGCGUCCCGCGCGACCCGUCCUUCCAGCGAAGAGUCGGCUAUGUGCAGCAACAAGACGUGCAUCUCGAGACCAGCACCAUCCGAGAAGCACUGCGGUUCAGUGCCCUGCUCCGACAGCCGGCUACGGUGAGCAAAGCGGACAAAUACAAGUAUGUCGAAGAGGUCAUCGACUUGCUGGAAAUGCGGCCCUAUGCCGACGCGGUGGUCGGAGUACCUGGCGAGGGUCUCAAUGUGGAACAGAGGAAGCGAUUGACGAUCGGGGUGGAACUGGCGGCCAAGCCUGAUCUGCUCGUCUUUCUCGAUGAGCCAACCUCGGGCCUGGAUAGCCAGACGGCCUGGUCAAUCACUUUGCUGCUGCGCAAGUUGUCCGACCACGGGCAGGCCAUCCUGUGUACCAUCCACCAACCGUCCGCGAUCCUGUUCGAACAAUUCGAUCGCCUGCUCCUCCUCGCCAAGGGUGGCCGCACGGUGUAUUUCGGCCCCAUCGGUGCAAGUUCACGCACCCUGACCGGCUACUUUGAGCGUCACGGCGCCAGAGUGUGCGCCAAAGAGGAAAACCCCGCCGAAUGGAUGCUCGAGGUCAUCGGGGCCGCGCCCGGCUCUCAGUCUGUGCGCGAUUGGCCAGUAACGUGGAGAGAAAGUCCCGAGUACCAGGCGGUGCGACAAGAGCUCCAGCGUCUCGAAGAGCGCAAGUCCUCGACCCAGGGAGUGCAGGACUUCACCUCGCAUCAGCAAUACGCGGCGCCUUUCUUCACGCAGCUCCUGCUAUGCACCAAGCGAGUGAUGCAACAAUACUGGCGCACGCCCUCCUACAUCUACGCCAAACUCGUCCUCUGCUUCGGCGCGGCCCUCUUCAUCGGUCUCUCAUUCCUGCAAACCAAAAUCACGAUCCUCGGUCUCCAGCAUCAAACCUACGCCAUCUUCAUGCUCCUUGUGAUCUUCGCCUUCCUGGCCUACCAGACGAUGCCGAACUUCAUCAAGCAGCGGGACCUGUACGAAGUGCGCGAACGCCCGGCCAAGACCUACGCCUGGUCGGCCUUCAUGCUGGCCAACAUCUUCGCCGACAUCCCGUGGAAUUCCCUGGCGGCGGUGCUGAUCUUCCUGCCCUUCUACUACAUCAUCGGCAUGAACCACAACGCCGAGGAGACGCACGCCACGGCGGAGCGCGGGGGGUUGAUGUUCCUGCUGAUCUGGUCGUUCCUGAUGCACUGCGGCACGUUUACGAUCAUGAUGGUGGCAGGGGUAGCGACGGCCGAGGUGGGCGCGACGCUCGCCCUGCUGCUAUUUGCGAUGUGUUUGAUCUUCUGCGGUGUCCUCGCCUCCCCAACCGCCCUCCCAGGCUUCUGGAUCUUCAUGUACCGCGUCUCCCCACUCACCUACCUCGUCAGCGGGAUGCUCUCGACCGGCCUCGCCAACACCAGCGUGCAAUGCUCGGACCUCGAACUCAUCAUCGUCCAACCCGCCGCCAACACCACCUGCGAGAGCUACCUCGCCGCCUACAUGCAGCUUGCCGGGGGCGCCGUCUACAACCCCAACGCCACCUCGGACUGCGCCUUCUGCGAGAUGACGAACUCGAACGUCUAUCUCACCGAGCUGUCAGCCAGCUAUGCCGAUCGGUGGCGGAAUUUCGGGUUGAUGUGGGCGUAUAUUGCAUUCAAUGUGGCGGCGGCGGUGUUUUUGUAUUGGUUCGUGAGGGUGCGGGGUGGGUUUGAUGCUGGAUUCUGGAGUUGGGGUUGGAGGAGGAGGAGAUAG